AUGGCAACUUCAGUAACAUCCAUCCAUUUCUCCCAGGAGUUGCUUCAAAGCUUCCACUCGAGAAAAUUUCUCUUACACUCCUCUCUUUACCCAGCUGAAGGGCACAGUUAUUCCAUCAAUGAAACCUUGCUUACAAAUGCAUCCGUUGUUCUCUUAGCCCUCGUUUGCACCAUCAUUUCCGCUUCUGGCUUGUUCUGUAUGGUCAAGUGUGCAAAUAGAGGCUCAUCUUCUGUUGCUGCUUCUUCUGAGCCAGAGUUAGCCGAUGCAGGAGUUGAGCACAAAGCCUUAAAUUGCUUCCCGAUCAUAAAAUACGCAACCGGGCCGAAACUGCCGGGCCUGGACACCGCUUGUGUUAUAUGCUUGUCGGAGUUCACUGCCGGGGAGCGUCUCCGUAUUUUGCCAAACUGCAACCACGGAUUUCAUUCUAGUUGUAUAGAUACAUGGCUUGGUUCACAUUCUUCAUGCCCUACGUGCAGGCACUGCCUGACCGAAACCUACAAGAUUAAUAUGGAAAGCAUGCAUUCAGUGGAACAGUGAGCUAAGUUUGCACCAGGGAAAUGCAAUGUGGCAGUGGU